UAUUUGUGUCAGUUUUGUUUACAAUGUUUUUAACUUUUAAAAUGUAAAUAUACAGACUUUCUUUGACUAUGUAGGCUGACGAUGUCUCCGCCCAGCCUUUUUUUGUGGGCCUGACCUGCAGCAUGUGUUGUUUUGUCAUUUAAAUAGGAGCUCAUGCUCAGCCAAGGGUGUUUUUUGGUUUGUUUUUUUGAGCUUGUAAGGAAGCGUGCUGGGACUGAUAGAAGAUGUGUGCUGCUGUGUAUGUCCUGUCAACGGUAACGGGCUACGUGCUCACCUCUGCCCUGCUGCUAAAAUGCCCAAAUCUGUUACAUCGAAAGAAGCGAGAGACUUUUGUCAGCAAGCACAUUUCUCACCGUGGAGGGGCAGGUGAAAAUCUGGAAAACACUAUGAUGGCUUUCAAGCACGCUGUGGAUGUCGGCACAGAUAUGCUGGAGCUGGACUGCCACCUGACAAAAGAUGAACAGGUAGUGGUUUCACAUGAUGGCGAUUUGCAGAGGACCUGCGGCAUCGACACCAACAUCUCCGAUGUGACCUACGCUGAACUCCCUCCAUACCUCUGCAGGCUGGGUGUAACCUUUCAGCGAGAGUGCUUCUGCGAAGGAGGAGAGGACAAACGCAUCCCUCUCCUCAGGGACGUGUUUGACGCAUUUCCCAACACUCCUGUUAACAUUGACAUCAAGGUUAACAAUGACACGCUCAUCAAGAAGGUCUCCGAGCUGGUCGUGAAGUAUGACCGAGCGCAUCUGACUGUCUGGGGCAACGCCAGCAACCAGAUUGUGAGAAAGUGCUACAAAGAGAACCCUCAUAUUCCAGUGUUGUUCAGCUUGCCCAGAGUGUUGCAGCUGUUAGGCCUGUUCUACACCGGCCUCCUGCCCUUUGUUCCAAUCAAGGAGCAGUUCCUGGAGAUCCCCAUGCCCUCCAUUAUCACCAAACUGCAGGAUCCCAGCAGGUUAACUAGAGGUCAGCGAUUUAUCGCCUGGCUGGCAGACACUUUGCUGAUGAGGAAAGCUCUUUUUGACCAUUUAACAGCUCGGGGAAUUCAGGUGUACAUUUGGGUGCUGAAUGACGAGGAUGACUUUCAGAGGGCGUUUGAUUUGGGAGCCACGGGAGUUAUGACAGAUUUUCCCACCAAGCUUAAAGACUUCAUGGACAGGAACAGCCUUUCCAAAGCGGAGUGACCUGCCAAAAUCUACCUCACCCCACCUCUCACCAGUGAUUAUCCUUCAGGGCCACUGACCUGCCAGACCAGCCCCCAACAUACACCCGCUUUUACUGCAGGCAUUCCAGCACAGCUACUCUCACACUGUGUUUUACAGUCUGUAGGAACUCCAACAUGCUCUGUAUUAGGAACCGCGUGUUGUACAUGUAGUGGUAGCACAUACUCCUGUUUUUCAUUACUCAUACUAAACAGUGUGAUCAUAUUAGAGCUUGACUGAUAUUGGGCCCCGUCACAGAGACAGUAUAUCGCCACAGGCUUACAGAUUUUCUGAUAUGACCCAAAAUGAAAACGUAUUUGGGUAAUUUGGUUUACAAUCCUCUCAGCAAUGACUGCAGCAGAUGGCGGUGCAGUCAUGCGAUGUCUUCACAGUAAGUUGGUAAGUUACGACUGAAGUAUAUUUCGAAAAAGUUAAUAAGAAUUGUUGCCAUUAUAACACAAAUAUACUGCAUGCAUUUACAAUAUUUUAGAUGCAUAAAUGAUGAAAUCUGAAUGUUUUCUUUUAGUCACAAAAAAUCCUGGCUCAUUAUUAUUAGUAGUAGUAGUAUUAUUAGAAUUAUCCAUGGUGCGUUCGCUUGCACACACAUGCACAAACAUACCCAUAUAACAGUAUGAUAUUUCUGCUAGGAGCACACACUUAAUUGAAACCACUGAAUUUUUUUUUACAAAGAGCUAAAAAUGCCACUGAAAUAUUGUGCUUUUAAGUUUCAUCAGUCUCAGAUGCCAUAAUAGAUUCAUGGUCCUUGACAUGACACUUUCUGUAAGGGUUUACUUGCGCAAAGUCGAUCCUUUUUGAUGCUUUCAAGUUAGUUUGCAGUAUUACUGCAUCAUGCUAGGGGUAAUGUGCAAGCACCAGCAGAUGCAGCUCGAUGAUGUCAUGUUAUUUUCGACUUGUUUCAUAUAUAUAUAUAUAUUUUAUUUUUUCUCAUUGUUUUGGCUCAUUAUUAUUAUUUUGAUCAGCCUUUUGAUCAGAUAAAAUAAUAGAGGCAUACACUGCCUGUUUUAUGAGGAAUUUUGCACAAAAUAGGAAACCUUAUCUGGUUUCUUUUACCUGUGUCAGUGUGAUUGCAAUCAGCAUUGAACUUUAUAUGACAUAUGUGUAUAUUUAAAAUAUUUUACAGCCUAGUAUAAGCAGUGAUGCAGACUGAUCGCUUUACUGCACUCAUUUAAAAUUCAAAUGUGUUAAUGAAAGUAGUUUACACAUAGUUCCUUGCUUUAAUAUACAAAUAUAUGAAAUGUUAUGAUGCUCGGUGGCGGUCUCUAAUCGAAUGAAUGUGGUUUUGGCUGAAUGUACUGUACGUUGUUUGGGAUUUUUGCAGUCAAAACAAUGUUAGGUUUGUUGUGGGGCAUUUUAAAUCACUUAUGUGUGAUGUUUUACACUGUUUUUACAAAUGUUCUUGAAGAUUUCUUUUAGAGACUUGAUCCAACAAUCACAUUACAAGUACUGGGAUUUUUCUGAUUAUACUACUUGUGCUGUCCUCAGUGUACUUUUAUUUUGCAUGUUUAAAGCUGUUGUGUGUGUUGAACUGAACUUUUUUGGGCUCAUCUUUAGAUUUGAUUUGCCGAGAGCAAUUUUUUGUAUCUGUAUCAAUAAACACUGUAUGUACAUCAUUAUA